UACCUAUAAUUGAAAUAAUAUUUUAUACUAUUUCUAAAUUUUUUUUUGUUGUUUGUAUUUAGAUAAAUAUUUAUUCUAUGAAAAAAAAUUAGAAUGUAUUGAAUCAUUAUCAUUGAUCCAAUCGAAACAACUUAUUGAUAUAAUUCAUUAUUUAUAUGAUUGUCGUAUUAUUCAUCGUGAUGUACGUCCACAAAAUUUAAUGUUAGAUCAUGAUAGUAAUCAUAUAAAAUUAAUUGAUUUUGGUUUUGCAUUUGCAUUUGAUACGGAUAAUAAGGGGGGUAGCAUAGAUAUAAUAGGUCCACUUAGAUAUGCUAGUAAACCAUUUUUAGAUGUGUAUUCAAAAUUAUUAAAAGGCCAAGGUUUUCCAUAUUAUUUCUAUGAACGAACUUUUGAUUUAAUAUGUGCCUUAAAUAUUAUAAUGGCUAUGAGUAAUGCUGAUAUCAAACGAACUAUUGAUUCAUUUAUAUAUUUACAAGAUGUUAACGAAUUAGUACUAAAAUCAUUGCAAUUAUGGAAAAACACUCGACGUACAAAUAGUCGUUAUUCAAAUUUAUUGAAUUUAAUAGAAAAGCUGGAUUCAUGGUAUCCAUUAGAUGAAUCAAAUGAAUCAGAUGAAUCAAAUGAAUCAUCAGUUUCUCAUGUUUCAAAUGAUCAAUCAGCAAUUUUUGACAUUCUAAAAGAUAAAAUAGAAAAACUUUUCGAUGUGUAA